AUGGCUCUCUUUCUCCGUUUGAUGAGUGCCUGCACACUGGCACUUAGCGUGUACGGUCAGGUUUUCAAUAACGAAACCACUGGCGAGCUCAGCGCUGUACUCUCGAACCUCGAACAUUACUGGUCAUACGGCAGAUCACCGCCAGUUUAUCCAAGCCCUGCAGGAAAUGGGACCGGUGAUUGGGCCAUCGCAUAUGAGCAGGCCAGAGCUCUGGUUUCUCAGAUGACCAACGAUGAGAAGACCAACCUCACAUACGGCUUUCAGGGAAUCGGCAACGGCUGCGCAGGUAACACGGGGACUGUGCCCCGGCUCAAAUUUCCUGGCCUCUGUUUUCAGGAUGCCGGCAAUGGAGUUCGAGGCCUGGAUAUGGUGAACUCAUAUGCCUCCGGCCUCCACGUCGGAGCAUCGUGGAAUCCAGAUCUGGCGUACAAGCGUGGCCAUUAUUUGGGAGCAGAGUUUAAAAAGAAAAGCAUCAAUGUCGCCCUGGGGCCUGUUGUAGGACCCUUAGGUCGCAUCGCCCGCGGAGGUCGGAAUUGGGAGGGGUUCUCCAAUGAUCCCUAUCUAUCCGGCAAGCUAGUGUACGAGACCAUCACAGGUAUGCAGGAAUCUGUCAUUGCGAGUGUCAAGCAUAUGAUCGGGAACGAACAGGAGACAGACCGCAAUCCGUCUGUCUAUUUGGCAAAUGCAUCCAUUUCGUCGAAUAUAGACGAUAAGACAAUCCACGAGCUAUACUUGUGGCCAUUCCAAGACGCAGUGAAAGCCGGCGUGGGUUCUGUUAUGUGCAGUUACAAUCGUGUGAAUAACAGCUACGCCUGUCAGAACAGCAAGGUCUUGAAUGGCCUCCUGAAAACUGAACUGGGGUUUCAAGGCUUCACAGUCACCGAUUGGUAUGCCCGACAUAAUGGCAUCGCGAGUGCGGAUGCAGGCUUGGACGUUGCCAUGCCAAGUUCACCUACUUGGAAAAACCAUACAUUGAGCCUUGCAGUUUCCAACGGAUCUCUGGCUCAAGCUCGGUUGGAUGAUAUGGCGACUCGGGUCCUUGCUACCUGGUUCAGGUUCUCGCCACUCGAUGAUCCUGGGGCCUUUGUUCCGGCGAACCUCACUGAACCGCAUGAAAUCGUCGACGCUCGGGAUCCUGCUGCUGCGCCUACUCUUCUUCAGGGUGCCAUCGAAGGCCACGUUCUCGUGAAAAACACGAAUGGCAGUCUUCCUUUGCAGAAGCCGCAGAUGCUCUCGCUUUUUGGGUAUGAUGCUCCUGCACCGGAAAUCAACUCGCCGACACCAGCCUAUAGUUUCCUGCAAAGCCUCGGUCUUGGCAAUACCCUGUCGUAUGUCGGUGGACAGAGCUUCGCUUACGAGAUUGCGGCUGCUCUUAUGGGAAGCUUUCUCGCUAACACCACGGGCCCUAAUGUUGCACUCAAUGGAACGUUGAUAGUUGGUGGGGGAUCCGGCAGCAACACUCCAGCAUACAUAGAUGCUCCAUUCAACGCUUUCCAACGUCAAGCAAAGCAAGAUGGCACAUACUUGUCCUGGGACUUUGCCUCCCUGGAUCCGGGGGUCAAUGCAGCUAGCGAAGCAUGCAUUGUCUUGGUGAAUGCGCAGGCUUCUGAAGGAUGGGACCGACAGAGUCUCGCUGAUACUUAUUCCGAUACCCUGAUUACCAAUGUGGCAACAAAAUGCAAUAACACGAUGGUCGUGAUGCACAAUGCGGGAGUGCGGGUGGUGGAUGCAUGGAUCGACCAUCCAAAUAUCACAGCCGUGAUCUUCGCCCACGUCCCCGGGCAGGAUUCCGGUACUGCCCUGGUGGAGGUCAUGUAUGGAAGACAGUCACCUUCGGGACGCCUGCCUUACACUGUCGCGAAGGACCCAAAUGACUAUGGCGCAUUGCUCGAUCCCGUGUACCCGGAUAACUCUAGCAUGUACUACACUCAGUCAAAUUUCACCGAAGGAGUCUACAUCGAUUACCGCCAGUUCAUUGCCAACCGCAUCACCCCGCGGUUUGAGUUUGGGUAUGGUUUGACCUACACAACGUUCAGUUACCAUGGUUUGGACAUGCACAUCUCGCAAGGAACACCCAAGUCUUACCAGCCACCAGGCUCAGAGUUAUACACCGCCAGCGAGCCUAAGCCUCCGGGGGGGUUGGACUCUCUGUGGGACGUGAUGGUGACUAUUAGCUGCACCGUAACCAACACUGGCAGCAAUGAAGCGGCAGAAGUCGCCCAGUUAUACAUCCGCAUUCCUGAAGCUGGACCGGAUAGAGUCUUACGAGGAUUCCGCAAGCAGCUAAUCGGUCCGGGGAGGAGUGAAAAUUUGCAGUUUCACCUCACUCGCCGUGAUCUGAGUCAAUGGGACGUCGUUACACAGCAGUGGGUGCUUGUAGAGGGUGAAUAUGAAGUCAUGGUCGGCAAGAGUGUGUUGGACAUACAAUUGACGGGGAAGCUGACCAUAAGCCAUGAUGCGUAG